GUGGAGAAAGAGCUGGAGAAUAUGCAAGCUUGAAUGAGCUGUACUUGAUCAUAAUCAUUCAGAUUGGAUGCAUGAAAGAUAAAGCAUGGAAGAAAUAAAGUGGAUUUUAGAAUACUCUGUGAGGAACCAGCUAAAAACAGUGACAGAGGCUGUGUUGUCCCAAUUUGAUGGACAGUUGUCUGCACUGGGAUUAUCUGAUGUCCAAUUGGCUUGCGGUACAUUACACGACAUUGUCCACAAUUUCCUGUCAGAUCCAAUCAAAUUAGAGCUUGCAGUAGAUCUUAUGGACUUCAUUUAUAUGUCUUGUCCCGAGGCAGUUGUGUUUAAACUCUAUUCUAAACUAGUUGUAGGCCUAAAAAUGCAGAUUUUGCUACAAAUGCUGAAAAAUAAAGACAAGGACUGCCUGACAAAGCUUAUGAAAUACUUCCCCCGUAGGAAGCCAGAAUUCCCAGGAGUGUGUCCUCAGCAAUUGUCUCGCCUACACAUGGUUCACACAAACUUCCGAAAAUUUUACCUCCCUCUACUUGCCAAUAGCAGACGAGCUGAGGCUUACUUCCGUGAGGAGUACUCCGAAGAGUAUGGAAAAGAAUUUCAUGAAGCCUUGCAGAAAAUGUGUAAAUGGUUUGUGGACAAGAUUCAGAGUUAUUUUCCUGAGCCUAUGUUAUCGCAGAUAUUAGAAAAUCCUGACAUCUUGAAAGACUGCCAGCACUCUCCAGAAAUCCAGAUGUUAAUGGACAUAAUCCAGGACAAGUCCACUUUGACCUCUGAUGACCUUCUGGAAUUCCUCACAAUGGUGGAUCCCUCAAAUACCCAAGACCGGGUACAGGUCCCCAAUACAUUUUCUUUAUCACCAAGAAGAUGCAGUGUAGAGGAUGGAAAUAUUGUAGCGAUUAACUGUUCUAAAAAUCGAAAUAGUCAUUGUACUUCAUGUACAGACAAAAAUUGCUCAGGAAUUGAAAAUUUUACUUUCAUUAUAUCAGAAGGAAAUGAACUUGAAAAAUCUAGGAAUAGUUUGUAUCAUAAAUCUGUUGAGAAAAUGCUUUUAAAUGUUACCUCAGGUAGAGGUGUCCGCAAUGAAAAUUUUACACAAAGAAAAAUGACAAAAACAACAUGCCAGAAAUCUCCAGAUUCAACUGUGAUAACUUCUGAACGUUCCAAAUCUUCAUGUUUUCACGAGGGUCAGAUAUGUGAGGAUCUGAAUACUGCUUUGUCCUCAGAGGAAAUGUCCUCAGUGACUCCUGAGGAGCAGUCAUCUGGGAGGACACUACCUUCUGAGAGGUCUUCAGAUUGUAUUGUAAUUACAUGUGUGUCACCUUCAGAGGAUGUGAACAACAAAACAGAAACAAGGGUAUAUUUCAGGUGUCAUAGGGAUAAAGAUGUGGAUAUUGACAUGACAGGGGGAGAUAUACGUAUGAUGACAAUGGAAGAGCUUAGUGAUACGGAGUUGUCUGUGUCAGACAUUGACAGGUUCUCGGACAUUGAAAAUGACAACCAGCAGCAAGUUGAGUUUACCUCGGAUUCAUCUGGUGGUGAAAUUACUUUAGAAAGAUAUCAGGUGCCAGACAUAAGCCGCCAUAAACGUCAACAAUCUACACCAUUCUGUGUCGUCAAGUUGUUUAAAAGCCAGGUUUUCAAGAAUCACAGUAUAUACUCUUAAAGAAGAUUGAAUCCCAUUUCUGGAGUGUUGUUUUUUAAAACAUUUAUUUGUCAUUUAAUGGGUAGCAUGUUGAAAUAUUUGAAUUCACCACAAAAAUAUUUUAAAUAAAAUGGCUGUUUGUUCAA